AUGGCGUCGUACAUACAAGGCUAUGAUGAGAAAAGAUUUGCGACCACAGUCAAUCGAAAUUUUCUGUGUUUGAUUUGCUUUGACGUUUUAAGAGAGCCCGUCCUGUGUCCGAGAAACCAUCAUUGUUUCUGUCGUUCUUGUAUUACGAAACACCUCGAGAACUGUCGAAGAUGCCCUACAUGUGCGGACGAACUGACUGUAGAGACUUUGGCCGAACCACAAAGAAUGGUAAAAGAUAUUUUGAAUGAAUUGAAUAUUCAUUGCAUUUACAUCAACCGUGGUUGUCAAAAGAUCUUACAAUUACAACAUCUUGAACGGCACGAGGCUACAUGUGGAUUUACACCAGCCGUUUGUACAAACCAAGGCUGUGGUGCAACUUUAAACCAACGUGAUCUUAUUCACCAUCAAAGUGAACUAUGUGAAUUUCGCAAGUUGAAGUGCCACUCGUGCGGAGAAAUGGAGAAAAGAAUGGCGAAUCUCGAGAAGAAUAUGGAGAGAAAUGCGGCAGAUAUGGCAGGAAAACUCGAAGCAGUAAAUAAUGAAGUGAGAGGAUUGAAAACAGCCUUGAUUGAAGGUUUUGAUGAAAUGAAGGAUGUUCUUGUCAAGAUGGAGGACAAGAAAGAAGAAAACACAAGAAAAGUAAGAAAUACAGCAAGUGGUGAUAAGGAAAAUAUAAUUGUUGCUGGAGGUUAUGGAACUAACUCUGUAGAGAUGUUUAACUGGCGUCAAAGAAGAUGGUCGCCAUUACAAUCCUUACCAAAGAAGCGUCAUGGAGGGACUUCAUUUGUGUUCAACAAUCAUGUGACAAUUGCUGGAGUUUCGUGUUCUGGUUAUGUGGAAGAUAUGAUUAGAAUGAAUAUCAACCCAAACCCUGAUCUCUCGACACACUGGAGUGAGUGUCCUGUUAAACUACCUGCUAAGUUGGCAUACCACAGUAGUGUGCUGUAUAAUGAUCGUUUGAUAGUCUCAGGUGGUAUUAAUGGAAAUGCAGUAUUUGACUGUAUUCAUGAACUCCAGCUGGUGAUUCCGUAUACUGUGAAGACCUUAUCAAGAAUGCCAGAACGAAGAAAUGCUCACGGUAUGGAAUUAUUUGAUGAUAACUUGUUGAUCGUUGGUGGAAGAACAACUGGCAGUUGGCAAGGCAACCUCAGCAGUGUGGUACUGUAUGAUAUAAAGAAGAAUGAAUGUAAACAGUUGGCACCACUGCCGUAUGAAGUGAGUCUGAUGGCAACUGUGAGAUGGGGAGACAACAUCGUUGUUAUUGGCGGCGUUGACAAACGUGGCAAAGUAUUAGAUACAAUUAUCAUUUACAAUGUCAAAACAGAGCAAGGUCGCUUGUUACCACCAAUGAGAUGUAAGAGGUUUGGAUGUACUGCAGUUGUUAUUGGAAACAACAUUGUAGUACUGGGAGGGCGGGGUGAGCGACGAGUACUGAAGUCAGUUGAAGCUUUCAACUUCGAUCGUAAUACUUGGGAGGAACUUCCUGAAAUGUCUGAAGCAAGAUGGUGGCACAUGGCUGUUGCUGUAUGA